UUCCUCAUGGAAUCGAAUAAUCAAACACGUGCCCCAGAAUUUCUCCUUCUGGGCUUUUCAGCAAAGUCAGAGAUUCAGUUCCUUCUCUUUGGGCUGUUCCUGUCUGUGUACCUGGUCACAUUAACUGGGAACCUGCUCAUUAUGCUGGCCAUCAUCUCAGACCCCCACCUCCACACGCCCAUGUACUUCUUCCUCUCCAACCUGUCCUUGGCUGACAUCUGUAUCUCCUCUACCACCAUCCGAAAAAUGCUGCUGAACAUCCAGACAGAAAACAAAGUCACAACCUAUGCAGGAUGCCUCAGCCAGAUUUUUUUUUUCAUUGUGUUUGGAUGCUUGGACAAUUUACUCCUGACUGUGAUGGCCUAUGACCGCUUUGUGGCCAUCUGUCACCCCCUGCACUACACAGUCAUCAUGAACCCCCAACUCUGUGGGCUGCUGGCUCUGGGGUCCUGGUGCAUCAGUGUUAUGGGCUCCCUGCUGGAAACCCUGCCUGUCUUGAGGCUGUCCUUCUGCACAAACCUGGAAAUCCCACACUUUUUUUGUAAUCUUCCUGAAGUCCUCAAACUUGCCUGUUCAGACAUCCUCAUCAAUAACAUAGUGGUGUAUUUUGCAACUGGCCUUCUGGCCAUGAUUCCUUUCAAAGGAAUACUUUUAUCUUAUUACAUUGUUUCCUCCAUCCUGAGGAUUUCUUCAGCUGGGGGCAAGUACAAAGCCUUCUCCACCUGUGGGUCUCACCUGUUAGUGGUCUCCUUGUUCUAUGGCACUGGUCUUGGGAUCUACCUCAGUUCUGCAGCCACUUCAUCCUCUAGAACAAGUCUGGUGGCUUCAGUGAUGUACACUAUGGUCACUCCCAUGCUGAAUCCCUUCAUCUACAGUCUCAGGAACAGGGACAUGAAGGAGUCCCUGCAGGGACUCCUCAUCAGGGUGGGGACUCUCAGGGGUGGAGCUGUUACAGGACUGUUGUGA